CUGCCGAUGAUUAACUAUACUACUACUACAAAUCAAAUACAAUAAUAGUAACAACUGGUAAUAAGUAACGAAUACAAUACACAGACAGACCUACCACACCAAUUCGACCGUUGCUCACAACGUUCCAACAAAAAAAAUAUUUUCUUUUAUUAUAUAUUCAAAAACUUGCUUUUAUUAUCUUCCCCUUCCUCCUUCAAAGUACACUUACCGUUGGCUCUCUGCAAACCAAAUCUAGCCAUUUCUUGAAUUUCUCAUCAUCUCAAUCUCGACAACGAUGGCGGCUUUAGCACCCGGAAUCCUCCAGAAGCUAAUCGACGGUAUGAAAACCGGAGUUAAACCGACCAGAGAACACAGAAGCUCUCUCCUACAAGUCACAGACAUCGUCCCCAUCGAUCUCGACGAGAAGAAUCUCUUACCAAAACAAGGCUUCUUCAUAAAAGUCACCGACUCUUCUCACUCCAUCUACGUCAGCCUUCCUCCUGACCAAGACGACGUCGUGCUAAGCAACAAGUUGCAGCUCGGUCAGUUCAUUUACGUCGAUAGGCUCGAGCCAGGGACCCCUGUUCCGAUCGUUCAAGGCGCUAGGCCUAUCCCUGGACGGCAUCCUCUGCUCGGGACUCCUGAGCCGUUGAUGAGCUGCACGAGAGGAGGAGGAAAGGGUGAGAAUGAACGUGGGAGAGGCUCUUGGGAUCUGAACGGUGACGUUUUGGUCUUAAAGCCUGCGUCUUUGGAUUUUGAUCAGUGCACUCCGGCGAAGCAGAGGGUGGUGACGAGGGGGAGGUCGCCGGGUGGUGUUAGGUGUUCUUAUGGAGGAGGGGUUUUGAGAGGAGAGAGCCCUGGUUCGGUGAUGAGGAAGAGCUGUGUUGUUGUUCCAUCGAGUUCUUCGAAGUUUCCGAGGAGUAGAAGUGUUUGCGAUAGAGAGACGGUGAAGAGCACUGUUUCUUCUGCUCUUUUUAGUCCUUUUAAAUCCUCUGCAAAGAAAAGCAACUCACCUCCUCCGAGUGUACGCACUAGACGAGCAACGGCAGCUGCUGCUUUGGUGGAAGAUGAAAGAGAUGUUCCAAAGUCUACUUCGAAAUUGGCUUCUCCAAAGCAUAGUAAGCUGGAGAAACAAGAGAAGAGUUCUAGUCUAACGGGAAGACUCAGCACAUUGAGUAAGGAAGCUAUGCAGCAGCGAGAGACGGCUCAGAAGAUAGCUCUUCAGGCAUUGAGAGAAGCUACGGUCACCGAAACAGUUGUUCGUCAUCUUAAGACAUUAGCCAAUAUCAGCAAAUCAGCAAAAGCUGAUUGUCCAGCUGCGUGCUUUGAGAAGUUCUUGGAGUUUCACAAGCAGAUAUCUGAAACCAUGACCGAGAUAGCUUCCAUUGAAGCAGCUAAUGUGAACAAAUCUGAGGAUGGAUCGUCUUCGAUACUUAACGAAAUCCAGCACAACUCUAUUGAUCAGGAGAAAACCGCAUCAAAGAGAAGAACCACUGCCCUGAAGCAGCAGCAAAACCAUAAGAAAUUGAGAUCAAACGAUGAGAACAAGAACCCAUCAGCAGCUCCUCCUCCUUCCGGGUUAGGAAACUCAGUUAAGUUGGCUAGAGAGAUAGAGAACGAAGCUGCAAACUGGUUCAUGGAGUUUAUAGAGAAGGCUCUAGAGAGAGGGAUGAAGAAGUGUAAAGGAACGUGUGAUGCAGAUGUUAAGAAGGUUCCACAGCCUCUGAUUAUCCAAGUUGUAAACUGGGUGGAAGCAGAACAGUCUGCUGAUAACACUAGACGACCAGUACAUCCAAAAGCAUCACAAAUCACUAGAAAGCUCAGAAUCAAAAUGAAGAAUCCUUGAAUCAUACAAGUGCAGACACUGAUAUUUUUUCAUAUUGUUUCCACUUGUUAUAUAGAAAUUUAUUCAUGGAUUUUAUUAUUGUUAGUCAAGCUUAUAAAAAGUGGUUUAUUCUCAAAUGUCACAGAUAAAAGACAUGGUCAUAUAUCAGUCA